CUCAAGACCUAUCCGGGCUCGAUUGGCAUCACGCACUACCUCACCAACCGCCUGCGCUCAUUCGACUACGAGGACGUCGAGUUCUACUGGCCGCAACUCUGCUACCUCGUCAUUACCCGCACGACGCCGUCGACUGCCCUCGAGAACUUCAUCCUUGAGCGCUGCCAGGAAGACUCGCACAUCGCCGUCAUCACUCUCUGGUACCUCCAGGCCUCGCUGUCCGACUUUGCCAACACGCCCAAGUCGGAGCACUUUACGGCGUGUCACCGCAUCCUCAACCGCGUCCAGGAGAUCAUCUUCAACGACCCACCUCUCCCUCCUUCCGCCUCGACCUCUUCCUCUUCCGCUCCCGCCGCCUCUUCAGCCACCUCGUCCACUUCUUCUUCUGCCGCCCUGCAGGACGUGUCGACCCGACUCGUCCUCGUCCCCAAGCCGGCCCGCCUGUCGUCGCUCCGCGCCGAGCUCACAGUCCUCAACCACGGCCUGCCGCGAGGCUGCUCGCUCGGCAUGACGACGCGCGCGCCGCUCGACCCGUCCGCACCCAAAACCUCCGCCACCCUCCCUCCUCCUCCUCGAACCCCCUUUGACACGCCUCGACCGCCGCGUCCGCGCCGCAAGCAGGCGCGCAUCGUCCGCAUCUCGCCGUCCGAGGCGUCGGUCCUCAACUCGGCCGACCGCGCGCCGUUCGUCAUCUACGUCGAGGUGCUCGAGGAGGACCUCGACUUUGACCCGGACCGCCGCAGCAACUGGGAGGACCUGCGGCGCGCCCUGCGCGAGCGCGACGGCUUCGUGGCGGGCACCUCGAGCCCGGCCGGUGCGCCUCCCUCGCCGAGGACGCCUUUCGCCGAGCGCGCCGACUACGCGCUCGGGUCCGGGCUCGACACGAUGUCGCCGAGCGACGGCGACCUCGGCGACGGCCCGGCCGGCGAGAUGGACCUCGUCGAGCAGCUGACGGCGGCGCCGGCGCCGGCGGCGACGGCCCGAACGGCACCGACGCCGACGUCGAGAUCCACAACCGCGAGGCGGACGAGCUCGCGUGGAAGCGCAAGGACGAGGCGCGGCGCGCGAGCGUCACGUCGGUCGGGUCGGCGGCGGCGUCGUCGCGGCGGCAGCAGCGGCAGCGCGCGAGCCUCGCUCGCCGGUCAGCCGCCGCUCAACGCCCAGGUCGCAGCGCUGUCGCACGCCGCCGCCGAGGCCAACUCGGGGACCGGGUCGGCACCAUCCGCCUCGGCCGUCGUCGUCGGCGCCUCGGGCUCGAGCACGCCUGCGCCGCUCCCAACGCAGCGGCCGCGAGUGCUCGCGCCGCAGGACGCCGCCGCGAUCCGCGAGCGCAUCAUGAGCGAGAUGUUGGCGCUCGAGGAGGAGCGCAUGGAGCGCAUGCGCGGCGAGGCGGCCGGGUGGGGCAAGGGCGGCAAGGACCGUGGGGCGGCGAGGACCGAGGACAACUCGGUCGUGUUGCGGGCGGUCAACAAGGACGACCCUUCUGGUGCCGUCCUCGGCGAGUCGUACACGGCCAAGAAGGCCCGCAUUCGCGCCGCCUCGCCCUUUGGCCACCUGUCGCACUGGUCGCUCCUGUCGUGCAUCGUCAAGACGGGCGCCGACCUGCGGCAAGAGCAGCUCGCCGUCCAGCUCAUCAGCGAGUUUGGGCGGAUCUGGAGCGAGGAGAAGUGCCCCGGCUGGGUCUACUACUUCCGCAUCCUCGUCACGUCCGAGAACAGCGGCCUGAUCGAGACGAUCAACGACGCCGUGUCGGUGCACUCGCUCAAGAAGAACGCCUACGCGAGCCGCGCCGAGGACGACACGCAGGUGUUCGACUCGUUCACGCUCUACGACCACUUUGUCGCCACGUACGGCCCCGUCGACUCGAAGCGGUACCGCAAGGCGCAGGACGCCUUCAUCGAGAGCCUGGCGGCGUACUCGGUCAUCUGCUACCUGCUCCAGCUCAAGGACCGGCACAACGGCAACAUCCUCCUCGACCUGCAAGGGCACCUCAUCCACAUCGACUUUGGCUUCAUGCUGUCCAACUCGCCCGGGUCCCUCGGGUUCGAGAUGGCGCCGUUCAAGCUCCCGCAGGACUACAUCGACAUCCUCGGCGGGUUCGACUCGGCCAAGUUUGCCGAGUUCCGCGCCCUGUUCAAGCGGUGCUUCCGGGACGCGAGGAAGCACGCCGAGCGCAUCAUCACGCUCGUCGAGCUCAUGCAGAAGGACUCGUCGUUGCCGUGCUUCGCCAACGGCGACUUGACGUCGCAGCAGCUGCGCGAGCGGUUCAUGCUGUCGCUGCCCCAGGCCCAGCUCGACGAGUACGCCGACAAGCUCAUCCUCAACUCGGCGCAGAGCUCGUUCACGCGCCUGUACGAGUGCGUCGCCGCCGUUCCUCUUCCUCGUCUCCUCGCGACCUUGUCGCCGUCGGUGGAGGAGCGCAAUCUGACCUCUUGCUCCGUCGCAGUCUCUUCCAGGGCUACUCGAACGGCAUCUUGUAAGAGUGCGAGGGCAAGAGGGGACGACGCUCAUAGAGGUUCUCGAGGAGGGAUCAGAGCGAGGACAAGGCGAGGAGGGUGA